AUGGCUCACAGAAAACUUCAGCAGGAAAUCGAUCGUGUUUUCAAGAAGAUAACGGAGGGUUUAGAAGUCUUUGAUAGUUAUUACGAAAGACAUGAACAAUGCACGAAUAAUCCGUCUCAAAAAGAAAAAUUAGAAAGUGAUUUAAAGAGAGAAGUUAAAAAAUUGCAAAGGUUGCGAGAGCAAAUUAAAUCAUGGCAAUCUACUCCGGAAGUCAAGGAUAAAGAUUCUCUUUUAACUUAUAGACGAAAUGUGGAAGUUGCAAUGGAAAAGUAUAAGGCAGUAGAAAAAGGAUCAAAAGAAAAGGCUUAUUCAAACAUAAGUCUUAAAAAAUCAGAAGUUUUGGAUCCACAGCAGCAGGCAAUCAAGGAUUGCAGUGAUUAUCUUUCUCAAUCAAUUGAAGAAUUAGAUAGACAGUUUGAUGCUGCUCAGUUAGAUAUUGAUAAAUUAAAACUUUUACAAAAAAAAAGGAAAACUGCCUCUGCAAGCAACGAGGAGGAAAUAGAACAUUUAACUCUAUUACAAACCAGGUACAAAUGGCAUCAAGAGAAAUUGGAAAUUGCACUUAGACUAGUGGCUAAUGAAGAGUUGGAUCCGGAACUUAUCAGGAACAUUGAAGAUGAUUUAUGUUAUUAUUUGGAAACUAAUCGUAAUGCUGAUUUCGUAGAGGAUGAUUCUAUUUACGAUGCCUUGGAUUUAGACUCUAAUGAAUUUAUUGCUGCAGAAGUUCGUGCCGCUUUUGAAAACCAACAGCGUUCUGGUACUUCUGCAUCUGGCAUUAAUCCAGAUGAAGGUGAUCAAGGCAUUGGUAGUCAUACAAAUGGUGAUGGUGAAAAUGGCGAUAUUCGCACAGAACCUCUGGAUAUGAGUAAAUUAUCAAAAAAAGAACAAAGAAAACUUCUCAGAGAACAAAAACAAGCUGCUAAAUUGGCUGCUAAAGCUGCCGCAAAGGCUGCUGAACAGUCUGUGCAAAUAACAGUCACCGAAAAAUCAGUACGUGAACAUUCCACAACACCAUCUCCUCUAUCCAAAGCAGCAACUAGCAUUCGCAGUGACGAUAUAUCGGAGGAUACUACAGGCAACAAGGAUAAAUCAAUAUUUUCUAAGCUUAAAAAAAAGAAUGUGCUCAAUGAAGAUAGUAGUAGACAAGAAGUAGCAGCAACUGGAAUUAGACCCUCUACAUCCUCCACAGUUACCUCGAAACAGCAAACACCAAUUACUUCUAAACCUUCAACAGCGCAAACUCAGUUAUCAUCACGUUCAGUAUCGCCGGAAACAUCACAAGGCCAUCAGUAUAUCCACCAAACACUAAAUGGUCUAACGACAACAAGUACUUUGAAACCCGCUCCUCCCAAGUCAACAGGUGAAUUGAAAUGGGCAGCAGCAGCAGCUCAGGCUGUUCAUAAGGAUUCUAUUAAACCACCAGCAACAACAUUGAUUAGUCUUAGUAAUGAUAGCGGUAGUACCAUAAGCAAUGCAAGUAGUAGUAAUGUUAAUAGUAGUAGUACCACAACGGCUGCUUCUAAAGUCAAUACUCCAAAAUCAAAAAAUAAUACGCCAUCUCUAUCAUCCAUAUCCAUGAACAAUAAUUUAUCCUUUUCCUCCUCUAACCCACUGAUUGAUAUAAUCAAUAAUCAAAAAACCAAUAAUAUCGUGAAACAACAAGAAGCUACCACUAAUAUUUCCAACGAAACUGUACCGGAAGAAUUAAUUGUUGAUGAUUAUGAAUCUGAACCUAGUGAUGAUGAACUAGAUAUUGACAAACAGCAAAUAGCGUCGAUGACUCUGGAGGAAAGUAGACAAAGAUUUUUGGUAUCACAACAUUUGCAAACGGAACUAUUGAAGCCAGUUAACAUCGAUUUAAUCAAGUUGCCCGCUGGUUUACAAGAUAUGGUCAUGUCCAAUUUUGUUUACUCAAACAAGCUUGUACCACGUGAUUACCUAAGAACAUGUAUAAACGAAUGCGCCAUUUCCAGAUUGAGUGCUUUACCCUCAAAUGUGAAGCCACCUAAUGCACCAAUGGAUAUUAUAAGAUCGAUACAACAGUGGGAUGAAGCUCGUUUAAGUGUUCCCUUUUUUUCUGAAAAUCCUGAUUCCAAUACUGUUAAUAUUUCAAAAGAUGUGCUACUGACAUUUCACGAAUUGGAUACUUUUUCGUUGUUUUAUGCCUACUAUUUUGCUCUAACACCUUUAGAAAAUAAAAUUGCUGAGAUUUUGUUGACGGAGCGUCAGUGGAAAUGUAACAUAGCUGGUGAUACUUGGUUUUUGAGUUUGGGUGAUGCCAAAUUUAGUAAUGAAAUGUAUGAAAUCAGGGAUUUUAAAAUAUUCAAAUGUGAUGAUUGGACCUGUGUGGACAAAGUUAAUUUUAAAUUAGAUUAUUCUGUUUUAGCGCACCCUCAACAGCAGCCAAACGUUAAUAUUAACAAUAUUCAUACUGCCAAUAUACCAGGUAAUACCUCCAACAACACUAAUUUAGAUGCUGUAUUAUCACCAAAGGUACAUAAUAUUGAACGUAGUAUGAGUAAUGGUCAAACUUUAUUACAGCACUUGAAAGGUGGUUUAUUAUGA